AUGGCAACAGGGGUUAUAUAGAAUUCCGAAAGUUAAGAUUUUUAUGACAAAUCUCUUGACAUUUGGUCUUUGGGAGUCAUUUGGUAUGAAAUGUUAACAGAAGAAACAUUAUUUUAAAGUAAUAUAAAUUGUUAAGCUUAGGUAAUAAUGAAAAAAAUGUAUUUAAUAAAAUCUUAAAUAGUAAUAGUAGUUAACAAGAUUUAGAUUUAAAAAUUUUAAAUAACCUAAACAUAUAAAAAAAGAAAAAGAGUUAAUUAAAAAGAUGCUUAAAAAUUUCAAUGGAAAGAAUAUAAUUGAAAGUCAUAAUUGCAGCGUAUAAUGAAAACCCUAAAGAAAUUGAUAGAUUAGAAAAAUACUAAGAGAAGAGAGACUUAAAGUUUGAGAAGGAGGUAGAAAAAAUUAAAUAAGAAUAAAAAAGAAAAUGGAAGAAGAUUAAAAAAAAAAAAAAUUAAGAGUUUGAAAAAUAGAAGGAUGUGGAAUAAAUAAAAAGAGAAAUUAAAAAGUAGAAAGAACAAGAGUAUGCUAAACAAUUAUAAAUGAUUUAAGAAUAAUAGAGAUUAGAAUUUGAAGAAUAAAUAAGAAUAAAAGAAAUAGGGUUCAAUAAUAGGCUAAAAAUAAAGAAUAAUUAGAUUAAAUGA